GGCACCAAUCGGACGGUCCUCGUCUCAGUGUUGGUUAUCUCCAUUGACUAGCAGGCAGACGACAUCACCGGAUGUCUCGGUACAAUGCAUCUGCUGGUUCUUGGAGCCGAAUGGUUGCCAAUCCGUUGUCCAAGACAAGUCCUCGAGGAGGGGAUACGGAUGAGGUUGGUGAAAAUCCCAAGCCCCAAAGGUCCCAAACCUCUGGUCCGCAGGACAUGGCCGACUGGAGUGCGAAGGGUGGCCUGGGACAUUUGGGGGGGUCGGGUAAAGGUUUGGGUAAAGUUUCGGGUAAAGAUGCUGACGAUGAUGAGCUGGAGAGGGCUCCCCCCUUCGAAAGCCCUCGGUCACACGACGCGGAAUCGAGGGCUGCAGUCAUUCAGGCUUUCCUGGAGGAACAGAAUGUCAUCUAUGAUACUUCCAAGAGUAUCUCUGAGCUUUUGGAAGACAUAGACUCUUGGGAGUUUGAUAUUUUCCUGGUCAAGGAGGAGGACCUUAACCGGGUGGUGGAGCACGUCUGCGAAAGACUUGGCCUCCUUGAUACCUUUGGUAUAGACAGGAAUGCCUUCACCAUUUUUGUGUCCCAUAUUCAGUCCCAGUACCAGAGCAACGCCUACCACAACUUCCGCCAUGCCUGUGAUGUCAUGCAUUGCACCUACAUCUUCCUUACGCAAACGGAGCUGGGGGACCUUCUCUCCAGCCUAGAGAAGUAUGUGGCCAUCAUUAGUGCCCUUUGCCAUGACAUAGACCAUCCCGGGUACACAAAUUCCUUUCUCAUCUUGACGAAUGACCGCCUCGCGGUGCGGUACAACGAUCGAUCGGUUCUUGAGAGUCACCACUCAGCAACCACCUUCCGGGUGAUUCUGGAUAGGAAGAAUGCCACGGCCAUAGAAACUUUCUCAAAGGAGGAGAAGGCCCUCAUUAGGAAACUAAUAGUGGGGACCAUCCUGGCCACGGAUAUGGCACAGCAUGAGGACGUACUUGGGGCCCUGCAGGCCCGUCUGGUGGACACGAAGCCGUUUCAGGUCUCGGUUCCCAGACGGACAGAGAUCAUGCAAGAAGAAUUAUCCAGGCAGAGCAAUGUGGCUGCUGCUAAGGGAACGGCGUCUGGACUGCCGAAGUCGGAUCCCUCCUUGGCCCCUUCAGUACAGACAGGUACUGAGUUUGGAGAAAGGCAAGAGACAUUUUAUCAGUCCAGUGCAACUGAGGAUGCAAUCCUACUGCUGAAAAUGCUUGUGAAGUGUGCAGACAUAAGUAACAUAAUCAAACCGUUCUUUUUGUCAAAGCGCUGGGCCGCACUGCUACUGAUCGAAUGGCAUCGGCAAGGAGAUACUGAAAAAGCUCUUGGUGUGCCCGUUUCUAAGUUCAUGGACAGGGACGACCCCAGCACAUUGAUAGCAAUGACAUGCGGUUGCAUUGACUUCAUCGCAGAGCCCAUGUAUAUUGCAAUGGCAGGCCUGGCUCCAAAACUCAAGGGCGUUGUUCAAGCCCACUUAUCGGAGAAUCGAUACCUUUGGGAACACUACAGUAUGCGCUACAGGCGAGGAUCGCAAGAGGCUGCGCUAAUCCUUGGGGAGCAUUUGCCAGAUUUACCCCCCUCAAAAAGCUUUCCGCAGCCAAGACCAGAAAUCGAACGUAUCAAAAGACGGCCUAGACUUGCGAGUGCAGCUACUCCCAUGGGAGGAGCAUACCACCUUGAUCCUCGGGUUACUGAGGAGCAGACUCCGAUGUUGGGAGUCUUUCAGGCCGGAGGAUCUGUGCGCCUGAUUGAAUGGUCCUCCAACAACCUACCACACACAGACGACCCUUCGCACCAGGCCACACCAGACCAGGUUGACGACAGCGAUGGUGGUGACUUGGAGGUUCUGAGAAGAGCUGCAGGCGGUUUGCCUGCCAUUGCUGAGGGCAGUGAACAUGGCAAGGGCGUUUCGCGGAAGGAAGGCGUCAGUAGUGGCUCUGGGACAGAUGCCAAAAACAUUUCGCCUUUGCAGAAAGCCAUUGCAGAGAUUUUCCCAUCAUCCAAGGGAGGCAUGGCAUCGCUACAACGACCAUCAUUGUCAAAAGAUGCAGGGACGUCCGUGAUAGCUUCUUCUCCUCUCCCUCAACCUCUUCGUCCUCAUGGUCCAUCUUCUGCACAUGGGCAUGCUGCCACAUCAGCCUCUCAGAACUUUUGUCCCUCAGUGUCAUCGACUGUAGGAAGUCUUUGGUCGAGGUGUGCUUCCUGCUGCAGAGCUCGGGAGGCAAAUGAAAUAGAUCCAGACCAGGGAGGGGGGAGCAAGGAAACCUGGGAUCGCAGCAUGUCAGUAAACAGCAGCAUGAGUACCAAUGAAAACACAGAGAGAGGAAAGAGGGGAUUCGCAGCAGAACUUGUCGAGAGAAUACGUGAUAUAUCUUUCCGUGUACGCGACAUCGCGAUCACACAUUUGGCUGGAGAGGUAAUGGCGGAGAUGAAUGAGGAUGAGAUUUCGACAAUCUACAGCAGCAACACCUCGAGCUUCACGGGGGCUGAAAAGAGCGCAAGCACAGCAGCAAUGGUUUCAUUAUUCAGUCCAAAGGAUUCUAACAGACCUGAAGGAAUUUCAUCAAAACACAAGAAAGAACUAGAUCCAGUGACAGCAGCCCUGGCUCCAGUCGAGCCUUCAAGGACGAAAGCAGCUGGAGGUCCACUUACUGUAGCUCCAGAGUCUCAAGUAGUCGCCAGUCCAAUCCAGCCUAAGUCUUGGUCCGCUCUUACAUCCAAUCAAGUUCGAUUAAGCAGCCAAGUUUCAUCUCAAAUGACUGAGGAAAACAAAGCUGACGGCAAACCGAAAGCAAAAGAGAGCUUCAUGGACAGAGUUCGCCAACAGCCGUGGGCUAUUAAGCUAGAGCACAUUCAGAACGGGACCUCAUGGCAGGUGACCAUGAUAGUUUGCACCUUGGUUGGGCUAUUCGCAGACGACAUCAACCAGGCACUUUUUCCGAAAGAGUAUGACAAAGUUGUGCGAGGAGCCGACUUCUUCUGUUUCUUUCUCUUCUCGUUUGACCUGAUUGCAGCCUGCAUAGUGCGGAAGGGGUACUUCCUCAGCUUUUUCUUUUUCCUUGAUGCGGUAGCAACCAUCUCUCUACUGCCAGUGAUUACAGACAUUUUCAUGAAGAACCUGUCGAUAGCGAGAGCGGGAAGGGCAGCGAGGGCGGGGACAAGGGCGAGCCGAUUGCUAAGAUUUGUGAGAAUGGCAAGGCUGCUGCAGCUGAUCAAGAUUGUGAGGGCGAUCAAGAGGAGAGGGCUGUUUAGGCGGCGGCGGAGUGAUGAUGACGGAGACGACAAAGACCAGUCAUCGGUGAUCGACUCUUCGAAACCCAGCAAUGUGUGGCGACUUCUGUCGGAGCUUCAGACUCAGAAACUCAUCUUCGGGGUUUUGGCGAUGAUGAUUGCAGUUCCUCUUCUUCACAAGGACCUUGUGAACCUCUCUCCCCUGGCCUCCCUCAGCCUGCUGUUGGAGUUCCCCAUUUUCUCGGAAGAGUUCAACUCCACACUAAAGAUAAUGAUCUUAGAGAACAGAGAGCAGAAAUACGACCUGUUGUACAUUGGCAUUUGCAACAUUAUCAUGAAAGAAGUGAGUGUAUCCAGCACGGGGGUCGACAUCUUCAGCACAAACGACAACAACAACAACAACAAUGCAAAUGGUGGCAAGAGAUCCUUGCUGCUAUCGGCAUUUCCAGGGGACAUCCACAUGGCCUUGCAAGUCGUCACCAAUGCAAGUGAUGCCCCAUCAGCAAUGGGGUCAACAACAAGCAUUAUGGGGUCAGAGGAGAAGAACCAAAGGAGACUGUUGCUCGAUACGUCCGCACAUCCCGUUGAAUAUAACAGCCCAGAGGAUGGAGGUGCGGGUACGGACAAACCCCCCGAAAAUACUCUUGAGAAGAGAUUACAUGUACAGCUCAAUCCUGGCACUGCUAAAGCUGAUGCCUAUAGCUGGCCUCAAUCCAUCGCAGUCCCAGAUUUAUCCCAUGGCGAAGAUGGCGACCAGAGAGGCGAAGAGCUUUCAGCAGCACUCACUGCUAGAUGGGCGAAGGAACCUAUGUUCCUGAAGAACCCUCGUGUGCGCAGCUUGAUGAAUUCCCCUCUGCCCGAGCUUGCUGACUCGGAUGACAGCAACGUUGUGGGCGCAGGGUUGGGUGACCGUCAUCUUGCCGGCGCCCUUCCAUUGGACGAAAAUUUGCCAGCGUCCACUUUGAGGAGCAGCAACGACGAUAUCAGACGCCUGUUUAGUAAACAAGAAGGGCACGACAGCAAAUCUCCUCCUGCUCCAUCGCUAGUUCCUGCGAGGUUCGCAUCAUUUGUUCCCACAUGUGAAGAAAGGGGCAAGUUCCGUCAGGUCUAUCCAGAUCCAAUGCUGCAACCAGAGGGGAAAAAAAAUGGGUAUGAAGAUUUUAGGCUUUUGGAGCUGAGUCAUUUCCAGACGGACGGGGGGUUAAGCGAAGCGCUGUUCAGUAUGAGGCCGAGCAAUCAACUUCAGGCCGCGUUUAACGUUAUCCUGACUCUUUUUGUGGUAGCAUUGCUAGGUGUGUGGUCCUUCGUCUUUGCUCGCGAUUCCAACCGUCUUCUCAUCCAGCCAAUAGAGAGGAUGGUGUUUUUCAUCAAGGAGCUUGCAGAAGACCCGGUAUCGCUUGCCGGGAAAAUCAUCGGCGAACACCACGAGCAAGGACACGUCAUGGAGACGAGUAUGGUUGAAGGAGCUCUCAUGAAGAUAGCCAGUCUGACCAAAGUUGCUUUGGGAGAGGCAGGGCUAGAUAUCCUUUCCGAGAACCUGAAGGGGUCGGAGUUCAAUCCACUGAUACCGGGGAAGAAGAUCCGUGCAUGCUUCGGCUUCUGCGACAUCCGAAAUUUCACAGACACGACGGAGUGUUUGAAGGAAGAAGUGAUGAUGUUUGUGAAUGAGAUUGCGCAAGUGGUCCACUCCCGGGUUGUUUUUCAUCAAGGUUCCCCGAACAAGAACAUAGGGGAUGCAUUUCUGCUGGUGUGGAAGAAGACCACUCACAUGAACCGAGGAGGAUUCGGAGGAUCUCUAUCUGCUCCGGUACCUAAGGGCCCAGGAAUGUCCUUUGCCGACCGAGCCCUGAAAGCCUUCUUGGACAUCAUCCGUGACAUCGAGACUUCAAAAUCACUUGCUCAGUAUUCUCAGCAUCUGUCCAUUCAAGCUCGGAUGCCCGGUUUCAAAAUCCGGCUCGGGUUCGGACUGCAUGUGGGAUGGGCAAUCGAGGGGGCAAUUGGAUCGAGGCACAAGGUGGACCCCACAUAUCUAUCCCCCCAUGUCAACAUUGCUUCCAGGCUUGAGGCAGCCACGAAGCAAUACGGCGUGAUCCUGCUGAUUUCUGAGAUGGUGAUAAAGUAUUUGACAUCAACAGAAUUGAAGGCCAACUGCAGGAAAAUCGACAGAGUGACCUUGAAAGGCAGUAAUGAGCCUUUGAGUCUGUACACCUAUAACACGAUACUUCCUCAGAAAGAUCUUGACGGCACCAUUACCGACUACACGCGUAAGUUCGAGAGUGGUGUUGAGGCCUAUAUAAACGGAAACUGGGAAGAGGCUAUAGAGUACUUGGAAGACUGCAAGGCUCUCUGGCCCAGCGACAAGCCGGCACAAGUGCUUCUGGCUUUCAUGGCGACAUAUAAUAACCAACAACCCGACAAUUGGAGAGGAUUUCGUGAACUCACAGAAAAAUAGGGUUGCACACGACGCUGGACCUGGUUUCCCGCAGGUGCCGCUUCCCCACCAAUAGA